UUGCACACUGCUUGCACAGGUUCUGUUGUUUAGGAGAAAACACAACAAAACUGGAAGAAGAGAUUGGUGCAAAAAAAUGAAGGAAGCAGAGACGAAGAAAGAAAAAGAGGUAGCAAAGGGAGGGGGGUGAGGGAGGUGUGUUACAAUUUCCUGUAGUUGCAUGCUGAUCUGCCUCUCUGAGCCUUCCUCUCCGAGUCUGUUUCUGUCACAGUGAAGAGCACAGACGAAGCUGAGCGGAACAGGAUGCAGGCUAUCAAAUGUGUGGUCGUGGGAGAUGGAGCGGUGGGAAAAACAUGUCUUCUCAUCAGCUACACAACCAAUGCCUUCCCCGGGGAGUACAUUCCUACUGUGUUUGACAACUACUCAGCUAAUGUGAUGGUGGACAGCAAGCCAGUCAACCUGGGCCUCUGGGAUACAGCUGGACAGGAAGACUACGACAGGCUCCGCCCGCUGUCCUACCCACAGACGGAUGUUUUCCUGAUCUGUUUCUCCCUGGUGAGCCCAGCGUCCUACGAGAACGUCAGAGCUAAGUGGUACCCUGAGGUUCGCCACCACUGCCCCUCCACACCCAUCAUCCUGGUGGGCACCAAGCUGGAUCUGAGGGACGAGAAGGAUACCAUUGAGAAGCUGAAGGAAAAGAAGCUGGCGCCAAUCACCUACCCUCAGGGCCUGGCUCUGGCUAAAGAGAUAGAUUCAGUGAAGUACCUGGAGUGCUCAGCUUUGACCCAGCGCGGUCUGAAGACGGUGUUUGAUGAGGCCAUCCGAGCCGUGCUCUGCCCCCAGCCCACUAAGGUCAAGAAGAAGGGCUGCUCCCUGCUGUAAAUGGUUCAUGCAGGACCAGAAAGAACAGAGAAAGAGAUUCAGACUGAUGACCCCUCGUUAAAGAAGACGUUUUGAAAGUUCUGUUAUGUUUCUAAUAGAAAACUACAACUAGAUUUCCACUGGUUAAAA